UUCCCGCUGGAGAGAAAGCGAGGAGUGAGAGUCGGGUCGCAUCUCCAUGGCAACCCGGUGGCCAAAGGCCCAGGGCGGGCACAGCGGGGACCCAGGAGGGCUCAGAUUCUCCAGGCAGCAGAGCAGAUUAAAACUCAAGAAGAGCAAGCCAGAUGUAGACCUUUCUUGGCAUGGAGAACCAAGCCCAUUCUACAGCAGGAGCUUCUCCUUGUGAAGCAGAGCUUCAGGAACUGAUGGAACAAAUUGACAUCAUGGUGAGCAACAAGAAGUUGGACUGGGAAAGAAAGAUGCGGGCUUUAGAGACACGAUUAGACCUUCGGGAUCAAGAGUUGGCCAACGCACAAACUUGCUUGGACCAGAAAGGCCAGGAGGUGGGGUUACUUCGACAGAAGUUGGACAGUCUGGAGAAAUGUAAUUUAGUGAUGACUCAGAACUACGAGGGACAGCUACAGGCCCUGAAAGCCCAAUUUUCUAAGCUAACCAAUAACUUUGAGAAACUGAGAUUACACCAGAUGAAGCAAAGCCAAGUUCACCGAAAGGAAGCCCCCAGCAAAGAAGAAACACCCUUUGAGCUGAACAGUCUGAACCAGAAGCUGGAGGUCCUAAGCCGAGCGACCCAUCCCCAGCCAACAGUCUCAUUUUCUCCUACUCAUGAGAUCAGGACGAUCCUGCGUCUCCCAGUGACCAAGGAGUUCAGAACAAAGUCAAGGGAAUGGGACAAACAGGAGAUCCUCUAUCAGACUCACCUGGUAUCUUUGGAUGCUCAACAGAAAUUACUAUCUGAAAAAUGUAAUCAGUUUCAGAAACAGACACAAAAUUACCAAAGUCAGCUAAAUGGUAGGAAGCAAUGCCCAGAGGACAGCAGCCCUGAGAUCCCUCACAUGGCGUGUGACUCAGAUCCUGGCUGUGAAGCCAGCCAAAGAGAUGAGUUCAUUAUUGAAAAGUUAAAGUCGGCUGUGAGCGAAAUAGCACUGAGCAGGAGCAAGUUACAGGACGAGAACCAGAAGCUUCUGCAAGAGCUGAAGACGUGUCAGAGGCAGUGCCAGGCCAUGGAAGCAGGACUGUCAGAGGUGAAGAAUGAGUUACAGUCACGCGAUGAUCUCCUGAGGAUUAUAGAAAUGGAGAGAUUGCACUUGCACAGAGAACUGUUGAAAAUGGGAGAAUGCCAGUCUGCUCAAGAGAACAGGAAAAGACUUGACACAUCAUAUUCCCCUUCUACUAAAGAAGCAGAGAGGAAAAGGAAAGAGUUGUUUUCCAUGGUCUCAGAUCAACCAAAUCACGAAAAAGAAUUAAACAAGAUGAGGAGCCAGAUCUAUCAGGAGGAAGACCGAUGCUCUGAGCAGGAACGCAUGAGGAAUGAGAUCUCCGACCUCACCCAGGAGCUUCACCAGAAGGAGAUGACUAUAGCAACUGUCAUGAAGAAGGCUGCCCUUCUGGAGAGACAGCUAAAGAUAGAAUUAGAAAUAAAAGAAAAAAUGUUAACCAAGCAAGAGGUCUCGGAUAUGAGAUACAAAGCUGUCCGAACAGAAAACACACACCUGAAAGGAAUGAUGGGAGACUUAGAUCCUGCACGGUACUUGAAUGCGGGCUUGGCUGACAAGGAGCAGUCGCGGUACACAUCGAUUAACAAACUGGAGUACGAGAACCAAAGGCUCCGAAGUGAUCUUGCAAAGCUCCAUGUCAACGGGAAGGCGGCAUGGCCUAACCAGAGUGGCUAUGAUGAAGCAGGAACAUGCGCUUACCAGAGCCAGCUGAAGAUGGAGACAAGCGGAGACAGAGUUGGCCAAGACUGUGAGCUGAACAGAACCCUGGCACCACCAUCACCACCUUUGCCAUUUCAUGCCAAAGAAAUGACAAGUCCCCUGACUAGUGACGAGGACGUUUUCCCUCUGUCUCCACCAGAUAUGUCCCUCCCGGCCUCCCUGGCUGCGCAGCACUUCCUCAUGGAAGAGGAGAGGCGGGCCAAGGAGCUGGAGAGGCUGCUCAACACGCACAUCGACGAGUUGCAGAGACACACCGAGUUCACACUCAACAAAUACACCAAGUUCAAGCAGAGCAGACACGUAUGAGCUUUGCACCUUUUCUGUUUGCUUUCUCUCCAGGCAGCCUCAUGAAACUGAGAACUCACUUGGUAAGGCAGCUAGGAAGCAGCCUGUGUUCACAAGGCUGUUUGUUUCUGCAUUUCACGUUCUAAUUGUCCUGUUAGCAUAGAAUAAGCAUGGAUAGCCCCAAAGCCUUUCUCUCCUGUCUAAGGAAUAGUUUGGGAUUAAAAUGAAUUGGUUCUGAUUUUAAUCAUGUAUGCUAAAGUCCCAUUUCCUGUGUAACAGGCAGUGAGAAAGGGAAGCAUUCAUCUCUAAACAUAAGGAAACUAAGCGUUGCCCGUCGGUGCUGGGCACAAAAACUCAAGGACUUCUAAAAGUAAAAGAUGUUUAGACAGAUACAUCGAACUACACAAACACCCUAAGAUUUGUUUAGAAGCGAAAGGAUAUGCCUUUGCUGUUUUACAUCCACUUACGUAGCGUCUCUGCCUUAACGUCAAGGAUUUCUGAAUGUGCACGGUGCACAGUAAAAUUUGCCGUGCCAGACAGCCAUGCUGGUGCAAAGACACAGCGCACAGGGCCUCACGCUGCCUCCAUCUCCUGUGUAAUCACCCCUGUUUGUAAGACAAUAAAGACAUGCAAAAUUCA